AGUCGCUCUCUUCCAUUGGCGCACUGAAGGUUGUCGCGUUCGGAUCGAGUGCGCGUGCGUGGACUUUUCGCGCGCUCGGGCCGCUGCUGUUAAAUAAGUUGUGGUUUGGCCCUGUGGAGAGGGCGACCGUCGGCGGGCUGUUGGGCAGGCGGGGAGGGAGUGAAUCGCUAGGCGAGCCUGCCUCGGGAAACGGACGGCGGCCGGUCCUCCCCUGCCUUUAAACAGAGUCCUUCAGUUUCUCCCAUUUUUUUCCUCACUGAGGUGGGUUAGGUUGACAAGCCCGUGCAAAGCAGCGACACAUCAACGUCUGGAUCCUGUUGAGUCAGCCUAUAGCUCAGCUGCGUCGCACCAUACUCUAGUGCCUGUGCAGAACUCGCCCGCGGCUGGGAUCAUGGCUGCAAUUCAUCUACCAGAAUUUGACCUCGCUCGCCCAGACUUGUGGAAAACCUGGGUGAAGCAGCUGAACUGUUAUGCGCUCUUCCACAAUAUCAAGGAUGAGGAGACUCAGAAAUACCUCCUGCUCAGUGCCUGUGGCCUCGAUACCCUGGCAUUAGCGAAGGCCCUCAUCGCACCCACCACGCUGCAAGAUGCCACUUACGAGGGGGUGGUCCGGGCGCUCACCGACCAUCUGGUGCCCCGGCAGACUCGCAUGCAGCGCCGCCUCGAGUUCUACUCCCGGCACCAGAAACCCUCUGAAUCAGUCGCGGCGUAUGUUGUCGCACUGCGGGGACUAGCGCGCAAAUGCGAGUUCCCAAACCUAGAUGAAUCUCUCCUUGACCAAUUUGUGGUGGGCAUUCGCGAGGAUAAACUGCGCUGGAAGCUCAUAGUCCAGGAUGACCUGACCCUGAUGAAGGCGCUCCAGGAGGCUGCCGCACAUCUGGACACUUCAUCUGAAUCUGAGGCAUCUGACGGCGAGGAGGCCCAUCAAAUUCAACACCCCCCUCGCCGCAAGACCCGACCAGCAACCACCGCUCGUUUGCCCAACAGCCAGGCUCAGGUGGCCUGCGCAAGCUGCGGAGAAAUGCACGAGUGUCGUUCCUGCCGUUUCCGGAAUGCCACGUGUUGGAGUUGUGGCAAGACAGGCCACAUUGCCUGCGUCUGCAGAACUAAGGGAUCCCGGAGACGCCAAGCCACCCACCAGGAGUUCAUGUAGUUGCAUACUACCACCAUUGGCCAUCUCCAGGCUACCUCACGGCUUCUGGUGAAUUUCCUGAAAAUGUAUUGUUUUCCAUUUUAGAUUAUCAUUUAUAUGCCAUUUUAGAGUAGCUGAGCUGAGAAAGUGGAACUUCAACAGACAUUUCAAGACGAACCACAGACACUUUGUGAAACACUACCCAGAGAACAACGAACUAGUCAAAGCUAGGGAGCUGAAGACAACAGUCACGGGUCUGGGGAAUUCUGAUUGCUCUAAGUCAAAGGCUGCAAAAAUAGCAUCAUUGUGGGUAAGCUAUCUACUUGCUCAAUGUAAAAAAACCAACUGAGAAUGGAAAAAUAAUUACACAGGCAUUCCUUGAAGCCAUUAUUACUUGAGAACUCUAAAUACGAAGCUGAAUUUCUGUCUUCCAUUAAUGGCCUUGAAAACCCUACAAGUUGGCUGCAACUUGAUGGCAAAACCCCCCAAACCCCAUGCGCUUCUCUUGUGGCCGGGAUAAAUUGUGGUUUCAAAUCACGCAUUACAGUUGUGAAGUAGGCUACAGCAACAUGGGGCUACCCCCUGAAGAUGGUUUGGAAAGAGCAGUUGGUGCAGCACACGGCAAUCCGCAUGGACCUUAUUAGACUUAUUUUGUGAUCUGGGCAGCGGGGGUUGCCAGUUGGUUUCUCCGCCCACUCAGAGGUGCUGAUUCUUACCUUUCAACAGGGGUGGAAUUCUAGCGGGAGCUCCUUUGCAUAUUAGGCCACAUACCCCUGAUGUAGCCAAUCCUCCAAGAGCUUACAGGGUUAUUAGUGUGGGCUAAUAGGCAAAGGAUCUCCUGCUAGAAUUCUACCCCUGCCUUUAAAGCCCUUUGAUCCUGCGAUCAAACCUUGGGUUUUAAAGAUUUUUUUUUCUCGCUGCUGUUGUUUUUUUUCAAAGGAUUGUUUUGUAUCAUUCUUAUUGAUGGUACCUAUCUCAAGUUCUGGUUAUUUAGGAGAAAGGCAGGCUUAUAAAUUUCUAUUAAUACAAAAUGUGUAAUUUCUUCUUUUUUUUUUAAAUGUGAAUAAAACUACAUUCAAAAGUUGAACAAA